AUGUCGUCUACUUCGUCGUCUCUUGGUGGCUAUAUGCGCGACAGGCGCGCGUCGAUCGCGAGUACGCUCGCCGCGCUGCAGAGUAUACGGAGGCCGGUGUUCACGCCCAGGAGGCGGUGUGCGAACGCGAGCGUUGCCCUGGCGGCUACGACGCCGUCUGUCCUCAAACACGAUACUAUUUCAGCGCCCGUCAUCGAGGUCAACGAAGAGAUGGCCGAUUUCGAGAUGGCCACCGUUCACUCUGAGCGUGGUGGCGACACAGUUGACAUGGCCGAGGUCGAAGGUCUUGUCUACGCCAACCAUGCUGAUGACAGCGAAGACGAAGACGAGUCCGUAUUUGUAGCCGAGGUCCAGUCCCUCCUCACCCUCGCCUCUGCCACCGCAUCCUCGUCUUCCUCUUCCUUCGGCUUUGACUCCGAUGACGAGGAAGACGAUAAGGAGGACAAGACGGUCGAUCUUUGGGCGGAUGAGGACACGGCCGACUGGCGCGCCCAUUUUGCGGAAGGGUGGCGCGUACCCAGGCCUGACAGGCCGCUUGGCAAGAGGAGGCGGGUCCAGGAGCGGGCGCACUCGGUUGAUGAGGAAUCUAGCGACGAAGAAGAGGGGAUGGAAGAGGACGAGAAAGACGCAGAGGAUGCGCAAGAAGUUGGAGUUACAGGAGCGAACGAAGUUCGCCCAGCCCCGGAGCUUCCCGUCAAGCAGCUCCCGAAACGCGCGCGCAUAGGCGACGUCGUGUACUCCUCUGAGCUCACACAGAGCAUCCCACUUGGCUUCAACUCGCGCCCCACCUUCACUCGUCCUGUGGACAUGCAGGGAAUACAAACUUCCUCCGUCGGGUCUACUCCGCGCUCGCUGCCUUCUCAGGGCCAAAGUAUCGACCUGUUUGCAGGGGGUCAUCGUCGGGUAUUCUACGCGCCGGGCGAGGUCGUACCCUCUUGGUGA